UUAUAUUUUAACUGACAUUUUUACCAAAAAAUAUUUAUAAAGUUUAGCUAAUUAUUAACCGGGCAAUGUCUAGCAGUAAUCAAACUAUUCUACGAAUGAGACACAUGAGAAUUGCUUUCAUAUUUUUUACCUGAAAAGUUUCUAAAUUAUGUCUAAUAUAAUAUCUGCGAUAAAAAUAUUUCUGCUUUUUCAUGUGACAAUAUCCCAAAUUCUGGAUAAACCUUAUCUGGACAAUGUGAUAAGGCUUGAACAUGACACUCAUAACUCUUUAAACCAAGAAGCACUCAGAGAACUCAAUCAUAUUAAAAAAAAACCAACUUACCUACUGUUGGCGCCAAAAAUAAUUCAGCCGGACAAGCCUUACCACAUCAGCGUCAAUUUGCUCGACUUAGACAAGUCCGAUUUUUAUUCGUCUUAUUUCACUGAAUCUUCCACCACCGUGAGGGCUUCUCUUCAGCGGGACGGGGACGAAAUCGGUUCGGCAUCUAAGACCUUUCAAAGAGGCAUCCCAGGAACCUUAACUAUUCCUGUGCCUUCUAAUAUAAGGGGGGCAGGCGUUUACCGUCUCAAAGUGAGUGGCGAUUCGACUAGGAACUCCCAAAAGCUUGGCACCCUUUUCAACCACGUGGAAACGCUUACCUACGACCCCAGGAUUAUGGCCGUCAUGAUUCAGCUGGACCGACCGCUAUACAAACAAGGCCAGAAGGUACGCUUUCGAGUAAUCUUGGUCAAAACGGAUUUCACGCCCUUUCUGGAGACCGUGAACGUUUACAUGCUGGAUCCAAAAGGGAAUAUACUGAAAAGAUGGCUAAACAGACAAAGCAACUUGGGAAGUCUGAGUCUGGAAUAUCAACUGGGAAGGAGGCCGGAGUUUGGUGAUUGGACCAUCAACGUCACCGCCCUGGGGCAAUCCGAAUUUACCCGAUUCAAAGUGGAAGAAUAUUUCGAAAGCAAUUUUGAGGUGAACUUAACCAUGCCGCACUUCUUCAUGGACAACGUAAAGCAUAUCGACGUGAGGGUCGAAGCCAAUUACACUUACUAUGUCGGAGUUUACGGCAAGGCCGUGAUAGAAGCUUAUUUGGUCAAGAAAGAUCUCAAAAAUCCCGAUCUCGUCACUUUCAAAUCACCGGCCCAUGUUAUCAACGUCGCGGGGUUUAACGGGCGUCACGAUUUUCCUAUCUACCUCGAAGAUCUCUCCAAAUUACUUUUCUCGAACUCGCGCUCAACAUACUCGGGUUCCUCCUCGGAAAUCGCUCACGCGUUGGCCGGCCAUGAGUUGAUAGUAAACGCUUCCGUUAACGAUCCCAGGCUUAACAAAACCUUCAGCGGUUUCGGCCGGGCUAAGAUUCACGGUUCGCACCCUAAACUAUUUCGAGUUUUGGGGCGGCAGCCCUUCAUAUUUAAGGCCGGCUUCAAUUUCAGUUUUUACAUUGCCUUAUCUGAAAGGGACGGAUCCCCUAUAAGAAAAAGGACUAGCGUUCAGUUGGGCGUAGAAACAUUUGGUGGAUCUAGACCCUUCACCGACAGAAUAACUCACGUCAUUAAGGGAUAUCAAGAUCUGCAACCUAUCCACACACACAGCAUGGACGACUUCGCGACAGCGACAGCCGAUUACAACAAUAACGCUUCACCGGUAGACGAUGACUUAAAAACGAUGCCCGAUUUAGCAGACCACGUGAUCGUUAUUAAUAUUCCUACGCGGGCCGCUGACGCUAAUCAUCCGAUUUCCGUUUCCGUUCGAUUAAGACUCGCUGCUCAAAAUGAAAUUGGAAAGGGGAAAGAAGAAAUCUUGAACAUCAAGGCCUUACCAUUUUCCUCACGUGACAUUCUUUCCUCUUCCGGACAAUUAAAUGCAGGUCAAUUAAAACAAGAUGAUUCUUCGUCACAAGAAUUACCGGUCCUACGUUUGAACAUCGAAUCAGCGGAUUCGGUGGUGACAGUAGGCGGAUACGCGAUUUUCGGGGUCUCGGCGAAUUUUCGAAUGGACGAUUGCGAAAUUUAUUACCACAUAAUCUCGAAAGGUGCCAUAGUUUUCUCGAAUAAGCUGACCGGAACAACCGGUCACAAGGUUACUUUCAGCGUGGCUUUAGAACCGGAAAUGGCCCCGAGUUCUAAACUCCUGGUUUACGCUAUCUCUGCCAAGAGUGGGCGAAUUUCGGCUGACGCCGUUAAUUUCUAUGUCGAUGCCACGAGUAGGAAUAACUUUACUCUAAUUCUUAACACCAAGAAGGACCUGAAUGGUUACACAGUGGAAGUGGUCUGCCAGGGGCAACCUGGUUCAUUCAUCGGUCUUUCGGCCAUUGAUAAUACGCUAUACGAUUUGAGGCUUGGGAAUGAUAUCACGUGGAACUCGGUAAGAGACCAACUAACGCGUCUAGACACUCAGCUACCAACCUCGAAUAACCCUAAUAACGUCCGCGCAAUUUCUUCUCCCUCAAAUUCAUAUUUGUCCCAGGACUGGACCUCGCCUCGCUCGGCCAUGCCCAUAACGCGUUACUUCCCUUGGAGAUCGGCCGGCUUUGAUUCCGGUUCUUUAUUGGAUUCGGCGGGAUUGAUAGCCAUAACCGAUAUCGAGGGCAUCUUCGAUGGCUGUCUUAAAUCAUUAAACCAGGUGCCCUGUUUCAAGGACAACUCGUGGCAAUGCGUAACGGGUACCGAUUCAAAUUUCUUGGUUUCUCAAUGCUCGAAUUUCCAAAACUUUGAACACGAUUCUUGGAAUGAUUUUAAUCGAUUGGAUAGAUAUGACGAAGCACUAUCGCCCAAAAAUUUUCAUCGAUUCAACGAGAUUUACGAUUCCUCUUGGCUCUGGAGAGAUUUCAACAUCGGCACGGAUGGAUAUUACAUUUUUACCGCUAAAGUGAAGAAGAGACCCGCGUUAUGGGCGGUUAACGCGUUCAGUCUCAGCAAGAUGACGGGUUUGGGACUGCUGCCCAACGUUAAACUCUACGAUAGCACACUCCCUUUCUAUUUCGUGGUCGACGUUCCUGACAGGAUCAAACAAGGGGAACAACUGGGGAUAAGAGUCGCCCUAUUUAAUUAUUUCGACAAGGAAAUCGAAGUGUUGGUCAGCUUGGAGAUGUCGCCUUGUCACGAAUCUAUCAUUAUAACGGAUUUGGAAGAAGGUAUAGUUCACUCCUACUCUCCCGAGACCCAAAAAGGGGAAAGGCAAGUUCUCAGUUGGGUCGAGCCCGGACAGACCCAACUCGUCUACAUUCCCAUCGUGUUUACUCACACAUCGGAGGCCUGCGGCAAAAUUAACGCCAAAAGCACCUCCAUAAGUUUAACCGCCCUGACUCAAAUCGCCGAGGAUAAGUUCGAAAAGUUUAUAUUCGUGGAGAUAGGCGGCGUUAAGCAGGUCUACCAUACGCCUUACCUGAUCGAUCUCACAAACAAGGCCCUCCAAACUUUCAACUUGUACAUAAACGUGACGGAAACGCCAGUAAUUCCGCUGAGAAGGCAAAGGAAUUAUAUAUUUGGAAGUCCCAGGGCCGAAAUUGGAUUAGUAGGGGAUGUUACGGGCCCCGUUUUUUAUAAAAUGCCGUUCAACGCCCUGAAUAUGCUGGACAUGCCGUACUGGUGCGGCGAACAAGUUUUGUUCAAUUUCGCCGCGAAUUUUUACACGCUUCGUUACUUGCAAAAAACUAACCAAUUAAACAAAGUAGUUCUCAGCCAGGGAGCCAAAUACAUGAACAUAUAUUAUCAACGAUUGAUGAGUCACAUGAAAAAUGACGGGGGAUUGUGUUUGUUUCAGGGAAACGAUUGCGAAACCGAUCUCUUGCUAACAGCUCAAACUCUCCGGGUUCUCCACGAGGCGUCUCGCUUGACCGAAUGGGACGAAACGUUGCUCUACAUACCCAAACAGCUGUUGGAGCUUCCCCUGCAACGAAUCGUCACGACAUUUUCCGAUUUCCUCGAAUUCAAGAACUCCGAAUCGCGUCAUCUCGGAUCUUUAUCCAUGUUGGAUCGGAGUCACGUUCUUCUGGCCCUAUUAGAGUGCGAUGACACGACCGGUCACGUGGGAGCCCGGUCCGCUGAGCUCAAAAUGAGACUUUUAGAGGCCCUGGCAAUCGCCAUUUUAGGGAAGAGAGCUGACGCGAAUACGCGCUCUUCUGAAGGAGAAAUAUUUGGAGGAUUUGGGUACGACGCCUAUCAAAACGAUACUUAUACUUUGGCCAUCGUGACCUACGCCUUAUCACUAGGGGACCACGUUAGGAAAGGAGAGGCGUUAAAACAUUUGAUAGCCAGGCAUAGGGAGAGAGACGACGGAUUGAAAUAUUGGUGCCCUUACGAGUCUCCCCACUUGCCUCACCGCCUGCAAAACAAUCAACCUCACUACGGUCCCAGGGAAUACACUAGGGACGAAGCGAUUUGCGUCGAAACCACGUCUUACGCCCUAUUAGCUAUUCUUCUUAAUCGAUCUCCAUUGUUGGACACUUACAUUUUGCCCAUCAUCAAAUGGUUAAAUCAGCAAAGAAAUCAUAUGGCUGGUUUUGAUUCCACCAGGGAUACCAUAGUUGCCAUGCAAGCCCUUACCAAAUAUUCCGAGAGUGAGCUGACGCGACCCGCCACUGAUAUAAGGAUAGAAGUGCAAGCGACUUCAGAUACCAAUUUUAAUUUGACCCUAGCAGUGGGCAGCUUUAACUUAGCUACUUUUCAGAGAGUCGCUAUACCCAAUGUAUGGGGGAGCUUGAAAGUAACGGCUACCGGUAGAGGUCUUGCCCUAUUCCAGUUGCGGGUCAGCAAAAAUAUAGAUUGGAGAGAAUACCAGAGGACCCCUCCCGUUGAUUCCUUUCAACUCACUCACUUGAUGACAUCCAGAGGUUUCAAUUCUAGCAUACUGGACUACCACAUUUGUUCAAGAUGGACCUUGCUAUCCGAACGUCCUAAAAGUGGAAUGUCAGUCAUCGAGAUAGAUAUCCCGUCCGGGUAUAUAGUCCAUCAAACGGAUCUGGAUAAUUACGUGAACUCGGCUCGGGCCGGUAAUUUCAGGAUGACCAGUUUCAAUUUGGAUAAACAGCUGGAAAAGGCCGAAUUUUUGCCCGACAUCGAGAGAGCCGUAUUUUAUUUCAAUCACUUGGACUCCUCAUUCACCUGUUUUAACUUAAGCGCCGAAAGAUGGUAUCCUAUCGCUAACAUGUCAGAGUGGCAUACCAUCAAAGUCUUCGAAUAUUAUAAUCCAACUCACUUCAACACGACUAUGUACGAAGCCUACAAUCUGAAAGUUUUGGAUAUAUGUCAUGUUUGCGGUUCCUUUCAAUGUCCUUAUUGCCCGAAUUUCAAUUCUGCUCCAAAUAAUUUGCCCGGCAUGACGAAUAUUUUCCUUCUACUAUGUACCAUGUUUGUCUUCAUCGUCCAUGUUUGAUUUAUCGCGCGCAAAAUUUACCUUAUUUUCUCCAUAUUUCACGCUCAACUUUAUAUUAUUUUUCCUUUUACUCUAUUUUUGUUUGUUAAACAACACAUUCCCAUCAAUUAUGAUUCCUCUGUCGAAAUCGUUCUAAAUUUAAUCUUGUAAAAUUAUACGUGUAUUAUUAUAAUUAAUAAAAAAGGAUGAUAUUUUA